AUGUGCUGUAUUGUUGAGGUCGAUUGGGGCAAAAGUCCUAAAGUCGAUAUGGGGCAAAAGUCCGAAGUCGGACUUUUACCCCGGGUUUUACCCCCUCUUUUCAGGACAUAUAAAAGAAAGUCAACUAGAAAACCUAUAACUCAAGACAUGGUUAAUGAAGCUCAGAAGAGAAUGGCGGAAGGAGAAUCUCGAAAAAGGAUUGCAGAUAGUUUUGGGGUUGACGAGUCUGGUUUGAGGAAAAGAAUGAAGAAGGGGUUUGGAGUUGAACAUUUGGGUCGGUUCAAAUCGACUUUUACGCCAGAACAAGAAAAUACCUUAGCUGAACAUUGCCGUCAAAUGGAUGCGAGAUUUUAUGGAUUGACGUAUUUAAGGCUUAGAAGUCUUGCUUAUGAAUUUGCUGAACGGAAUAGGAUCCAACACAAAUUUAAUAAGGAAACGAAAACUGCAGGAAAGGAUUGGGCGCUAUCGUUCGCCAAAAGAUACAAGUUUUCACUCAGAAUUCCCCAAAAGACUAGUGUGGGGCGCAUAAUGGGUUUCAAUAAAGCUCAAGUCGAUCUAUUUUUUCAAAAUUUAGAAGAAAUAACUAACGUUCCACCAGCACUAAUUUUUCCUCGAAAGCGUCCUAAAGCUGAGCUUAUGGAUGGAUGCAUUCCGGAAGCUACAAUGUUCGUCUCUGAGUCAGGAUAUGUCAACUCAGAAUUGUUUGUCCAAUGGCUAAAACACUUCAAGAAACAUGUCAGAACGUCUGCCGAAAAUCAGGUUCUAUUAAUAUUAGAUAACCAUUCGUCGCAUAUUUCUUUGAAGUGUGUAACCUAUGCAAAAAAUAAUUAUAUACAUCUUUUAAGCUUACCCCCACAUUCCAGUCAUAAAAUGCAGCCCCUGGAUCGCACAGUUUUCAAGGUUUUAAAGGACUAUUACGGUAAUUAUUGUGAACAAUGGAUGAGCACACAUCCUGGCAGAAUAAUCACACAAUAUCAAGUGGCGGGACUUUUGCAAAAGCGUAUGAAAAAACUGCGUCUAUUGGAAGAGCGGUCAAAGGGUUUGAAACUUGUGGAAUAUGGCCUAUCGACAAACAUAGGUUUGGAGAAGAAGACUUUCUUCCAAGUAGCGUAA